CGACCCACAACCCUCUGAGCUGUGAGGGGCGGCUCAGCCUCUCCGUCUCCUCUUCACUUCUCUGCCAGCAGCGCGCCCGUCGGAGCUCUCCGGUCUCCGAUUCAGCUCUCCGGUCUCCGGCUCCCGAUUCAACCGUCGACAGGAUCUCUAUUUCCCGGGGCCUCAGAACGCUGACAGCUGCUGAUGGUCCUGAGUGACAGACGCACUUUGACCGUUUUUGAAAGCUGGAAAUGGUGCAAGGAGAAGGAUGCAAGACAGCAUAGUCUUCCCGGACGGAGUAAACACCAAAUGGAAGCCGAGCUGAGCUCCUCCAACUCCUCCACCCGCUCCACCCGGCAUGGAGGCCCAGCAGACACACCAGUGACCUUCACGGCAACGUGAGCACUGAGCAGAACCAGGACAACAGGAACCCCCUGGUCCUCUGAGAGAGAGCUGUCCGUCUGCAGAGAGAGAGACACCAGGGACGGGGAGAGAGAGAGAGCGAGCGAGAGGGAGAGAGAGGGAGAGAGAGAGAGAGAGAGAGAGAGAGAGAGAGAGAGAGAGAGAGAGAGAGAGAGAGAGAGAGAGAGAGACAACCAACUCUCUGCCCAUCAGAAGAAGCAGCGCUCUGCAGAAGAUGGUGGGUGAGUCGCAGCGCUGGUCGUGGCGGCCGCUGGCCAUGUGGAUGCCCGUGCUGCUGCUGUGGAUUACUUGUUUUCCCCCAAUGGCGCCCGGCGUGGCGGUGACGUCCGGAGGCGUGCGGACUGGGAGCCACGUGAUGCCCGGCCGUCUUGGCGACGGACGAGCAUUACUGAGCCGGGCCAAGAGAGGCUGGGUGUGGAACCAAAUGUUUGUGCUGGAGGAAUUCUCUGGACCCGAUCCCAUCCUGGUUGGCAGGCUCCACACCGACCUGGACGUGGGCGGCAAGAGGAUUAAGUACGUGUUGGCGGGCGAAGGGGCCGGCACCAUCUUCGCCAUCAACGAGAUGACGGGGGACAUCCACGCCAUGAAGCGGCUGGACCGCGAGGAGAAGGCUGAGUACACGCUCACCGCCCAGGUCACCAACGCCGACACGGACGAGCCGCUGGAGCCCCCUUCCGAGUUCAUCAUCAAGGUGCAGGACAUCAACGACAACCCGCCGCAGUUCACGGAGGGACCGUACCGCGCCUCCGUGCCCGAGAUGUCCACCGUGGGCACGCCGGUGACCCGCGUGACGGCCAGCGAUGCAGACGACCCCGUGUAUGGGAACAGCGCCCGGCUGGUCUACAGCAUCCUGGAGGGCCAGCCCUACUUCUCUAUAGACCCCAACUCUGCCACCAUUAAGAUCGCUCUUCACGGGAUGGACCGGGAGAUGAGAGAGGAGUACCUGGUGGUCAUCCAGGCCAAGGACAUGGGCGGGCACAUGGGCGGCCUCUCCGGCACCACCACCGUCACCGUCACCCUGACCGACGUCAACGACAACCCGCCUAAGUUCUCCAAAAGUCUGUAUGAGUUUGUGAUCCCAGAGGACCUGCCCAUUGGGAAGGCAGGUGGCAGGGUGAAGGCCAACGAUAGAGACAUCGGGGAGAACGCCAAGUCCACAUACAACAUCAUCGAGGGAGACGAGAGGGGAAUGUUCCAGAUAUCAACGGACGGCCAGACUCAGGAGGGGAUUCUCAAGCUGAAGAAGCCCCUGGACUUCGAGAGUAAGAAGGCGUUCACGCUGAAGGUGGAGGCCACCAACCUGCGCUCGGAGCCGGGCAGCGGGGGCCCCUACCGGGACACGGCCACGGUGAAGGUGGUGGUGGAGGACUCGGAUGAACCACCCGUCUUCACGCGGCCCGCCUACGUGCUGGAGGUCAACGAGAACGCGCCCGUCAACGCGGUGAUCGGCACGGUCAACGCCCGCGACCCCGACACCACGGGGAGCCUGGUCAGGUACUUCAUCGAUCGACACACAGACCUGGAGAGGCAGUUCAAUAUCAAUGUGGACGACGGGAAGAUCACCCUGGCCAAGGCGCUGGACAGAGAGACGGACAUGUGGCACAACAUCACAGUGACCGCCACCGAAGUCAGAAACCACAGCCAGAUCUCAAGGGCGGUCGUGGCCAUCAGAGUAAUGGACGUCAACGACAACGCCCCUGAGUUUGCCACCGAGUACGAGGCCUUCCUGUGUGAGAACGGAAAGCCUGGGCAGGUGAUCCAGACCAUCAGCGCUGUGGACAGAGACGACCCCAUCCAAGGCCACUACUUCGACUACCGCCUGGUCCCAGAGAUGCUCAACAACCCCAACUUCACCAUCAAGAAUAACCAAGACAACUCCAUCAGCGUCCUUGCCAAGCACGACACCUUCCGACGGCAGAAGCAGGAGAUGUACUACCUGCCCAUCAUCGUGACGGACAAUGGCCACCCCCCCCUGAGCAGCACCAACACCCUGACCAUCCGCGUGUGCGGCUGCAGCAAGGAGGGCAUCGUGCAGUCCUGCAACGUGGAGGCCUACGUCCUGCCCAUCGGUCUCAGCAUGGGUGCCCUCAUCGCCAUCCUGGCCUGCAUCAUCCUGCUGCUAGUCAUCGUGGUUCUGUUCGUGACGCUGCGGCGGCACAAGCACGAGCCACUGAUCAUCAAGGACGAGGAGGACGUGCGGGAGAACAUCAUCCGCUACGACGACGAGGGCGGCGGCGAGGAGGACACGGAGGCCUUCGACAUCGCCACACUGCAGAACCCCGACGGCGUCAACGGCUUUCUGCCACGCAAGGACAUCAAGCCCGACCUGCAGUUCAUGCCGCGCGCCGGGCAGCACAAUGGGCCCAACGGUGUGGACGUGGACGAGUUCAUCAACGUCCGGCUGCACGAGGCCGACAACGACCCCACGGCGCCGCCCUACGACUCCAUCCAGAUCUACGGCUACGAGGGGCGGGGCUCCGGGGCCGGCUCGCUCAGCUCGCUGGAGACGGCGUCGUCCGACUCGGACCAGAACUAUGACUACCUCAGGGAGUGGGGGCCACGCUUCAGGAGACUGGGGGAGCUGUACUCGGUGGGCGAGAGCGACAGAGAGACUUGACGCGCUGGUUCAGAGGACAAACGGAGAAGAGACCCUUUGUAUUGGGUCUGUCCACAUGUGUGUUGAGCAUGGUGGGGGUGGGAGGGGGGCUUUUAGUAGGAGUGGUUUUAAAACAAAAUACAAAAAACAAACCCAGAUCAUCUCAUGAGGGCCAUCUUUUUAUAAUCUUCUUAGAAUGGGUAGCAAUCAUCGCGACACAUCCAGCGCAUCGUAGUUGUGGAGCCAAACUUAACCAGUGUCUUUAUUAGGAGAUCUAUGAUUCUUGUGGAGUGUAACUUAGAAUCUGUUGUGGAGUGUCUAGCAGUAUUUUGGGUGUUUGUUAUUUCCUGUGACUCCCCGGAGAGCACAGAUCCUUUGAUUGCUGUUGAAUGCCCCCCCCCCCAAUCGCCCCCCUACCAUCGGCAGAACAAGGGGCAUGCUGGGACAGCAGUAUUUCUCUUCUUGGUUUUGUUGGAUGCUUGCUCAGACACCAUGCUCCAUGGACAAGUGGACGACUGGGGCCACAGGCACUGGGCUCUGGGGGCCAGCAGCACUGGGCUUUGGGGUCCACAGGCGCUGGGCUCUGGGGGCCCUGAGCUCUCCAUUCCUGGGGACCCCCAGCCUUCUGGGGGCUCUCGGUUCCUGGGGGCCCUCUGGGCGGAGGAAGGGGGAACACUGUAAAGCAAUACAUUGGCCUACAUUACAACGAUGAAUGUACGUAUGAUUUGAAAACAAGCGAUAUGACAAACUGCUACAGAUAUUGGCUUUAAUGUGAAUUUGUUUUCAUUUGAUAUUCUCUGACGGUCUCGUUUAUAAACUGUGGAAGCCCAAGAAAGGCUUUAUAUAACUCUUUGUAAGUACAGGCUGCAGGUUUGUACAUGCACCAGUUAUAGAAAGGCUUUAUAUAACUCUUUGUAAGUACUGCUCCAGGUUUGGGUCGCAAAGUGUUAACUAGUCGAUAAAAGAUGAAGCAAAGACAAAAAAAAUAAAAGAGAAAUGUAGAAACUUUGAGGCCUUCUUUUUACAGAAGCAAACACGUAUUACAAUUGUAAUCAAAUGUUUUUGAAAACAAAUGUGUUCUUCAAAUGGGUUCUUCAUAAUUGUUAUUGAGUUUUUGUAUAUCUGUUCUUUUUUGCUGUGCUGAAUCUAUGGAAGUGGGUAUUCUUAGAUGAUUACGAUGAGCUGUUCUCAACCUACUCAAACACUGUUGAAUAAGCUCUGAACAGUGUGAGAUGGGCACUGCAGUGGAUAACAUAUCUUAGACGUAGGAAACGAGCGAGCUGCUGCAAUAAAAUAGAUGAUCGACUCAAAUGGGUUUGCAGCAAUGAUUUUUUGUGAGGGACACAUUCUCAUUAAGUGUCCGAUAUAUGCCAUUAUAUCUGCAGUGAUCAAACCAGUGACCACCUCAGCACAACAGCUGGAACCAAGACCCAAUGUCAAACAAUCCCAUUAAUGAUAGAAUCCGGUCUAAUCAACACUUUGUUCUUUACUUCUAACUAAAACUCACAGACGAGGUGGGUUUGCAUUAGCAGCAGAGGAAGUGGGACCAGGUACAGACCAUGUGCUGGUUGUGGUUCCACGGUGCGACCUGUAUGAAAUAGAGGACAGGAAAACGCUUGCAUUGUACAUAGUUACUGCUGACGUCAUCCGCUUUCCAUGAGGUGGUAGGUUUGUCUCUGCACGUUAGCUCUUGCACACGAUGAGAAUCUUAAGAGACACUCAAGCCGCGUGCGUAUACGAUUUGUACCGAUUCAGUAUUAUGGCAGUUCUCAGUAGACUAAACCGUGCUUCAAAUUAGUCCUGUGUGCAGAUCAUAAUUUUCUACUGUGCUUUAAGGCUUAUAAAUGUGUAUGUUUGAUUAUUUACUCCCUAUACUGUAAUCUAAGAUACCCUGUAUUGUUUCCUACUUUGUGAAAUAUAUUUUUAUAAAUA